AUAAUCACUGUAAACUACACUAAAAUACAAUUAAAAUUUAACGCUGAUUUAAAAUAAGUGAAGGAGAUGGACAAGACAAUGCGGAUUCUAGUGGUUUUCAUUUUUGAAUUAUUUAUGAAUGUGAGUAUACAAGGGAGCAGUCUAGUGUCAAUGCCAGGUACACGAGUGAAGGACAGCUCACUUCAAACGCUGGAUUUGAUUGGUCAAAAGAUGUGUGUGUAUCAAUGUUCCUAUCACAGUGAUUGUAAGGCUGUUAAUUUUAACAAACGCCAGCUGACCUGUGACCUUUUGACCCGCUCCGGUCAGGAAGAUCCAGGGUAUCUCCAGCAUGAUGCUGAUUAUGUUCACAUCUAUAACAUACCCAACGACCAGAUUUCAGAUUUCUGCAAAAACAAAUCAUGCCCUGCCUAUCACCGGUGCGUUAGCGGAAAAACGAAAGCCUCAUGCAUUAUCAGUGAAUGCUCCACACAAAGUAUAUCAAUAAGGAAUGGUUUUAUAACCAAAACACGUUUGCAGAUUGGUGAUUUUUUAAAUUUUACUUGCGCAAAUGGUUACUCCAAAAGAAAUGUCAUCUUCCGGUGUCUAAGUAGCGGGAAUAUUGAAAAUGCCGAAAAAUUAGUAUGCUACAAAAAAGAAGGUCCAUGGACGAUUGCCUUCAAAAUCCAGAGUAAUAGUGGAGCCCAUCCUUUGAACGCGUUCAAUGAUACAGGGACACAACAAGAAAGAAACGUGUCUUUUCCCGCCGUCUGCGUAAGUCUGAAUAAAGAAACCGGAUGUGAUGUUCCCUACAGAACAGGGCUCAUCGAUGAUUGGGAACAACUGAACGUUCAAAACGUUCUAUUUAGUGUGACGAUUAGCUCGACAUCAAAACAAGAGAUCAUUUUUAACGGACGUGAUUCAACUAAUAUUGACUGGUUCUCCGGAACUAGGGUCAUAAACUCCUCCUGGACGGAUGUGACGUCAACACAGACUUACCUUUACUUCGGUAUUUUAGGAUGGCAAGAUACUAAUGUAAAUAGAUUUUGGUCCAUAAUGCGUAUUCAUAAUGGCUGUCCGGGAGACACUGGCUGGUUCAUCUCUUCCCACAGUCCUUCUACCGGAUGUUCUUUUGAUUUGCCCUCUCAAACAUCAAUACCCUACCCUGUGUUUAGGGCGUGUCCAGCCCCAACGGCUUGUCUAAUGGAAUCUGAGACGGUUGAAGCAGAAGCAUUUUCAGUUUUAAUUUGGGCGGAGAAUUUAAUUUGAAUGAAGACCAGCUGGAGAAAUUCAUCCAUGUAACCCUAUGUCACUAAUGGAAACGAAAAAAUAAGUUGAAUGUUCACAAUGUUACC